ACGUUACAACAGGGCAAUCAGGUGCGGUAUGAUUGCCACUUUACUCGCCAGAGCGCGCGUUGGGAAGGUUCGACUAUUUCCAGUUUUGUUUUGAUUGCGCUUGUUCUUUACGGAGCUGGGCGAAUCCGAUUGGAAAAAGGUGAAUCAGAUUCAGAGUCAGUGUGCAUUGGAAUCCUGCAGAAGUGGGCAUGAGAGCCGGAAUAGAUGCAGUUGAAGCAGCGGCCGGGUUCCAGACUCGUCCGUGGACGGACGAUUUGCAAGUUUGUCCCCAUACAGGCGUUGGAGAAGCUACCAAUCAAACGUACAGGAAAGAUGGCAGUCGUAUCGAGGCGUUUAAGUCCCGAGAUAAGAAGUGUCUUUGCAUGGUGGACGAUACCCUCCUCUACGCCAUUUAUUCCGGCCACAAUGGGGUACGAGUGGCCGACUUUGCCCUGCAAAAAAUGGCCGCAGAUUUGCUGCUCGGGCAAUUGAACGGACGCAGCACCGACGAAGCCGUAAAGGAUGUCAUCCGGCAGGCAUUUCACGCCGUCGAGAAGGGCUACAUCGAUUCGAUCGACGUGGAGCUGGCCACAAGAACGGCCCUCCAGAUGCAACUAUCGGACAUUGAUCUUCGUCAAUAUCAGAUUUCACAGGAGUUCGGUAACGUCUUGCAGAAGUUGGGUAAGCUCAAGCUGGAGUUGUCAGUGGGGAGCAGUGCAGUGUUGGCACUGAUUUAUCAAUCCAAGCUGUACAUAGGAAACAUCGGCAAUUGUCGGGCGUUGUUGUGCAAAACGGAUGACUUUGAUACACUUACGGUGACGCAACUCAGCGUCGACCACAAUUUGUACAACGAGGAAGAAGUUCUUCGGUUGUUCCGACUUGGUUUAGAGGCUCAGAACUUUGAAAACUGGCCUUUGUACAGUACCCGGUGCAUCGGAAACUACCUCGGCAAAAAUGGCUUCAAGGACUGCGAUUUUCUAUCUGAUGCUUGGUCCGAACCAGUAAUUUUCCAACCCGAGAUCGUUGGAUCGGUACCCAUCACUCCAGCUUGCAAAUUCUUGGUAUUGAUGUCCAGUGGCCUCUGUCGCGCUCUCCACGAUCUAUACCCGGGAGACACAAGUUACGGCAAUCGAAAUCUAGUCCAGAUGAUCGCCGAAGAAUUUCAGGCCCAAUCAACUCUCGCCGGAGUGGCACAAUCAGUAGUGCAUAGAGUCGUUCAACUGCAUCACGAUGUCUUUAUGCAACAAGUCGAUGAAGAGAAACCAACAUCUUUUUCCAAUCGGGAUGACAUAACACUGUUGAUCCGAAAUUUCAACUACCCACUACCGAACGCAUUUAAUAACCGAAAAACUAGCAAUCGGUCAUAUACGUCCACUACUUCGGCGUCAUCAUCGACCACCGGUUCGGACGCCACGCCCACCAAUCACAGCUAUGGAACCGAAAUCGAUUGCUCCGGUAUGGGAACUAACAUCUCAGCCACUAGCUCAGAACGAAGUGAAAACGACAACUUCUCAGAAACAGAAAAGCGCGUGAAUUCCUACGUGGACUUUUCGGACUAUCACCGUCGCGUAGCAGAGGCACGAAAACUCGGUAAACUGCCUCCCAACAUCGACUUCGAUUAACACAGGUUGUAUUGUUUAUUUUCCUAUCAUAUAUCUCUAGUUUGUUGCAAUAUAGUAAAGACAUCUAAAAGUAUA